ACGGUAGUGCUCACAGUGGAGGACAUUGACAACUUUAUUGACGACUACUUCGUCCAGUGCACGAUGGAAGACGCCAACCCGAGCAAGAGGAAGAAGGCAGACUCGACGGACACACAAGACUUGGAGGUCACGGAUAUCCAGUUGCAUGUGCAGGAGUGGUAGUAUCCGACCGGGACAGAAGGAAUGGGAUACCCGGACAGAGCCGUGAGAGGAAGAGGAUGGAGAGGAUUGACGCUCCUGGUUUGGGUCGCCGCUGUCAGCCUGGUGCUGGUGGCGGAUGGACGGAGAGUGAGGCAGCCCAGAUGUCCUGCUGGAUGCACCUGCACAAAAGACAAUGCCCUGUGUGAGAAUGUCCGAUCCGUGCCUCACACUUUCCCAUCGGACGUCGUUUCACUGUCUUUUGUCAAGUCUGGAUUCAAUGAAAUCACUGGAGGAAGCUUUGUUCAUACACCUGCCCUGCAACUGCUAUUGUUCACAGCAAACUCUUUUGACCUGAUUGACGAGGAUGCAUUUCUGGGUUUAACACAUCUCGAAUACCUAUUUAUUGAGAACAACAAAAUUGCAUCCAUCUCCCCAUAUGCUUUCAGAGGCCUGAAAACACUGAUACAUCUGAGUCUGGCUUACAACAACCUUGAGACGCUGCCCAAAGAUGUGUUCAAGGGCAUGGAUGCUUUGACCAAAGUAGAUCUACGAGGCAACAACCUGAUUUGUGACUGUAAGCUCAAGUGGCUGGUGGAGUGGAUGCAUCACACCAACGCCACCCUGGACCAGAUCUACUGCAGCGGGCCGCCGCUCCAGCAGGGGAAGAAGAUCAACGACCUGCUGCCACACUCCUUUGACUGCAUGACGGCAGAGUUCGCCUCCUAUCAGUCGCUGAAGUUUGAGUCCAUAUCGGUGGAGGCGUUCACCUUUGGCAAAGAGCAGUACGUUGUGUUUGCCCAGCCCUUUGCCGGGACCUGCAGCUUCCUGGAAUGGGAUCACGUAGAGAUGACCUUCAGAAUGUAUGACACCAUUGAAAGCACUUCCACUGUCGUCUGCAAGCCCAUGGUCAUUGACAACCACCUCUUUGUCAUCGUGGCCCAGUUAUUCGGCGGCUCACACAUUUACAAACGCGACACAUCGGCCAACAAGUUCAUCAAGAUCCAGGACAUCGACAUCCUGAAGAUCCGCAAACCCAACGACAUCGAGACCUUCAUGAUCGACGGGGAGUCUUUCUUUGUCAUCGCUGACAGCUCCAAGGCUGGUUCCACAACGGUGUACAAAUGGAACGGAAAUGGCUUCUACUCCCACCAGUCCCUGCACCCGUGGUACCGGGACACAGAUGUAGAAUAUCUGGAGAUCUCCAACAAACCCCACCUGAUUUUGUCCAGCAGCUCUCAGAGGCCUGUCGUGUACCAGUGGAACAGGAGCCAGAAACAGUUCGACCGCAGGACUGACAUACCGGAGAUGGAGGACGUCUUCUCCGUAAAACAUUUUCGGGUCAAAGGUGAUCUGUUCAUAUGCUUGACAAGAUUCAUCGGGGACUCCAAGGUGAUGCGCUGGGACGGUGCCAUGUUCAAGGAGGUCCAGACAUUUCCUUCCCGCGGCUCCAUGGUGUUCCAGCCCGUCUCCAUCGGCAACUGGCAGUACGCCAUCAUGGGCAGCGAUUAUUCACUGACACAGGUCUACCAAUGGGACACCAAGAGGGGCCAGUUUGUCCCAUCUCAGGAGCUGAAUAUCCAGGCGCCGCGAUCAUUUUCCCUGGUUGCCAUUGACGACCGGGUGUUCCUGCUCGCGUCCAGCUUCAAGGGAAAAACUCAGAUAUAUGAGCAUCUCAUGAUCGAUUUGAGUAAUUAAACCCGUGGCUUGUUUUGGGACACAUUACCAUUCACACGCUUUCUUCUGCAACUUUGUUGAACUUGUCAGUCCCGUUUCAAUCCACUAACAGUUUCAAGCCAUCAAUCUAAAGAGGUUUUUCAAAUAUAAAUCGGGACCUUUAGGUUAGUUUAGGCUGAAAUUCAAGGGGUGAAAUUGCUGCCUGGGUUUAUUUUUGUUAAUUUCGGCUGGUCUUGACAUAAUUUCCAUCAUUAUGACUGAAAGUAUUUUUUAUACAGUCCCUAAAGUAUGGAAACCUGCAGCAGCUAGGUAAUUUUUGAUAAAUUCCUUGCAUUUUCAUCUUGAUUUCUUAUAUCAUUUCUUAUCCUUAUACUCCAUUUAAACUUAAUUUGAAACUCUUUCAGGAAAAACAAGCUAUAAAGUUACUUCUUUGGAUUAUUGUUAAACCCUGAAGCUUUUAUUCUUAUAAGAUAUGCCUCUGCUAUUCAGCUCCAUAUCUUCUCUUGUAGAACUUCAAUAGGAAUUGGCAGAUGACCUUUCAAUAAUUGCUAAAUAGCGGAAUAUUUUUUGAUAAAAGGGAGGAGAGAAGGGUUUUGUAAUUUUAAAGUCUUCUUUUAGACAAAUUAAUUCCAGAGUAAAAUAAAUUAUGAAUAGGUAUGUGGUUUUAAACUCUUGAGAUAUCUGUAGGUUUGGUCUCAUUUACUUUUAUUCCAAACUGAAGUUUAGAACAUCAGUGUUCCAUCAAGGCUGCUGAUCGAUUUGAGUCCUGGGCAUUUAAAUCUCAUACUGUGACUGUGAGAGUUCCUCAGAGUGUUAGUAGAUACUCUGUAGAAAACAGAGAAUCUCACAAAUGUGCAAGAAUCCUCCUCACACUGGAAUCUAGCCUCGGUUUAAUGACAGCGGCGGUGAUGUAGUUGGUAAUAUUAAGGGGAAUUUGUCAGUAACAGAACAACGAGCUUCCCGUAUGGGUAAAAAUUUGACUAUUUCCGAAGAGUUACGUCCAUUCUUUGGCAGGUUUUGUAAUUAUUUCACACAAUAAAGUGAAAAAUCCCACUUAAAACUGUGAGAAACUUUAGGGGGAAAAAACCCACACCCGCUGUUCUGCUUUCUCUCAGUUAAACAAAACCGCAUGCGUGAUACAGACACUCGGUGGUGUUGAUUUCCGAUGAAUGACUAGCUAGAAGCAUCCCACUGUGCCACCCAGCCCUCUCUCUUUCACUGCACUCUUGCCCCUUUUCUCCCUGAUUGACAAAAACCAUUGUUGUCUUUACUCCACAACUAAAAGCCAACCACUGUGCGGCACAUGCUACCUGUGCUUUCACACCGCCCUCUUAUUCCCACACAAAAGGAAACAGAAUAUCGAUAACAAUUAACAAACUUCACUGACAAAACAAUUUGCCAAAUGUGUUUUUACAAUACUGUGUAAUUUAUGAUGUUACUUUUUUUGUAUGUUGAAGGGCACCACACUUGGUGUUUUGUUUUUGUUUUUUAAUAGAUUUAGCCUUUUUAGUGUAGUUUUAGUGUAGAUUUAGUGAAAAAACAUGGAUCACCUCCUUCAAUGCAGUGUAACAUGCUACUUCUGCAAAACAGUUUGGACUUACUUGUAUCAGUCUAAUGUAGUUAGGUAAGGAUCGAGGUUUUUAGCCAUUCCUUUGUCAUCUUGAUCAUUGUGUUUUAUGUACAGUGGUAAUAAAACACUAAAAACACUAAAA